UUUUCAGACGCGAAAGGAUCUCUACCGGGAGUAGUUCUGCGCCCUGGGUCACAUCCUCGUCGCUUUCGCCGGGUGCAGCGCAUCCUCUUCAAUUCUCAUACAGAGGUUGAAUAGAUCAGCCAUACAAACACUCCACAAUCUACCAAAAGCCAUCUCUUCUCUACUUCGCCUUUCUGAAGAGCAUUUUAUUGACUGUUGGGGAGCCUGAGGAGACCAGGACCGAAAGGACGCCAUGGAUGAGGAAUACGAUGUGAUCGUUUUGGGCACUGGUCUUACGGAGUGCAUCCUGUCUGGGAUCAUGUCCGUCAAUGGCAAGAAGGUUCUGCACAUGGACAGGAACCCUUACUAUGGGGGAGAGAGUUCCUCCAUCACCCCGUUAGAGGAGCUGUACAAGCGUUUCGGCCUCAACGAUAGCCCUCCUGAGGCUAUGGGCCGAGGCAGAGACUGGAACGUGGACCUCAUCCCCAAGUUCCUCAUGGCCAACGGUCAGCUGGUGAAGAUGCUGCUGUACACAGAGGUGACUCGCUACCUGGACUUCAAGGUGGUGGAAGGGAGUUUUGUCUACAAGGGGGGGAAGAUCUAUAAGGUCCCCUCCACUGAGACCGAGGCCUUGGCUUCCAACCUGAUGGGCAUGUUUGAGAAGAGAAGGUUCCGGAAGUUCCUUGUGUUUGUGGCUAACUUCGACGAGAACGACCCCAAGACCUUUGAGGGAGUCGAUCCCACGACGACCUCCAUGAGAGACGUCUACAAGAAGUUUGACCUGGGCCAGGAUGUGAUUGACUUCACGGGCCACGCCUUGGCCCUCUACAGGACCGAUGACUAUAUGGACCAGCCAUGCCUGGAGUCCAUUAACCGCAUUAAACUGUACAGCGAGUCCCUGGCCCGCUAUGGCAAGAGCCCGUACCUUUACCCCCUCUACGGGCUGGGAGAACUGCCUCAGGGAUUUGCCCGGUUAAGUGCGAUCUAUGGUGGAACAUACAUGUUGAACAAGCCCGUGGAUGAGAUUGUGAUGGAGAAUGGCCGUGUGGUUGGAGUGAAGUCCGAGGGAGAGGUUGCACGCUGCAAGCAGCUCAUCUGUGACCCCAGCUACGUCGCUGAUCGCGUGCGGAAAGCUGGCCAGGUGAUCAGGGUGAUCUGUAUCCUGAGUCAUCCCAUCAAGAACACCAACGAUGCCAAUUCCUGUCAGAUCAUCAUCCCCCAGAAUCAGGUCAACCGCACCUCUGACAUCUACGUGUGUAUGAUCUCAUACGCACACAACGUGGCUGCGCAGGGGAAGUACAUCGCCAUCGUCAGCACCACGGUGGAGACGAGCGAGCCAGAGGCUGAGAUCGAGCCGGCCCUCGAGCUGCUGGAGCCCAUAGACCAGAAGUUUGUGGCCAUUAGCGAUCUCUACGAGCCCUCAGACGACGGAUCUGAGAGCCAGAUCUUCGCCUCCAGUACGUACGACGCCACCACCCACUUCGAGACCACUUGCAACGACAUCAAAGACAUCUACAAGCGCAUGACGGGCACUGACUUUGACUUUGAGAACAUGAAGCGCAAACAGAACGACGUGUUCGGGGAGGACGAGCAGUGAGCGGUGCCGCAGUGUGUGUGUGUGUGUGUGUGUGUGUGUGUGUGUGUGUGUGUGUGUGUGUGUGUGUGUGUGUGUGUCGUGGAAGAGGGGGUGGGGGGGGAUGUGGGUUUAGGGGAGAGAGGCAGGGAGUUGUGGAACAGCUUUGUACACCCUAACCCCUUCCGUACACCCCAAAACCCUCAUCUCAGGCACACACACACCUUUUCUCCUUCACACGCACCCACCCUGACUGCGUACACUCACACACUCUCAGACACGUGUGCGUAGCCUCUUCUGCCCUCUUCUUUUUGUUGUCCUCUUUUCUCUGACACCCCUUUACCCUACAACUCCCCCCCCCUUCUUGCUGCACUCUCUAUGCUGUAUAGAUUCUUCAUUCUGUGUUUGGUUCCGUGUGGUUCUUUAGACAUUCCUUGCUUUGUUCGGCUGUGUGUUUUUUUCUGUGUCGUGGCUCCAGGCUUUUGGGGGGAAAGGAGAGAGUCCGCUUUCAUGACUUCUGUUUGCCUCUGGGUUGGGUUUUUUUUUAGCCGAGUGUUUGUUUGAGGCUGUUUCAGUGACUCAGAGACCUGUGGCAUGGUAGCUUUGCAUCGUUACGUUGUUAUAUGGUCACCUUUUUUGUCUUGCAUACAUACACACACACAAAUAGAAACACACACACACCACACACAGACACUCCGACACUCAAAAAUCCUUGGUGACAGCUACUUGAAAUCAGACCGCAUCACAUACCAGUUCAGAUCCACUGGGGAGCCGGAUGUCUGAUGUAACAAUCAAGCUAUGGAAAACAAACACACCCAUUCACACAGCUGAAUACGAUGCCUUUCAUAUCACACCACGACCAUUUGAAAAAAAAGUCAGGACAGACAUUCGUCUAGCUAGUGAAAGCGAGUGACAGAAAGGGAAUAUUCCUACUGGCCAUAGCACAUACAUAUGCAUGUUCACUUCCUGCUUCGGACACACUAAUAGUUUUGUGUCUGUGCCCAAGCAGAGGCAGAACUACAGAAGAUCAUGCUCUCUGGACCCCAUUCUUCACUUACAUUCAAACACCCCUUGUUCACUACCCCCACAGUUGUCAGCAAACACACUAUGAAGAGAUGCUUUGUGCAGUAAGCAUGAUUGUAUCAGACUGUGAAGUUAGCAGAUUGGGCCUUUAGAUUUGUGGUUUCAGUUGAAGCGCCACUGAUUUCAUUUUUGAUUUGUUUUCAGAUAUAGGCUGUGUUUCUGUGCGAAGGAGUGGUUGCAGUGUACCUCUUAGCGACAGAGAGUGUGUGAUUUGACCACACAUGUUUAUGAGAAGAGAGAGCCUAGCAGUGAGAUGGAAAGGGACAGUGGUAUGUUGCCAAGGAAACUAAAGGGGAGAGAGUUAGAGGAACAAGGAAAUGUGUCUGAUUGGGAGAAAGACUGCACUGAGAAAAGAGAGAAAGAGAGAACCAUAGAGAGGAAGUGUGAAGAAAAAGGGUUGGAUUUCUAGUGCGACAUAAUGACAAGUAUGCUGUAAGAAUAACUGUAACUUCGAGACAGGCUGAGCGAAACUAGACUUCAGCUGAACCCAGCCCACGAGAACGGUCACGAUCCUAUAAUGUUUACGGAGUUGCGUUUACGGAGAUGGUGUUGCAAGUUGAGUGUGUGUUGAGAUGCCUCUUUGGAUGUGUGCUGUGAUUGGCCUAGGCCUUUUACGUCAUCAGCAGAAUAAGUGUGAUGUCACAGAGGCCACUUUUCCCAUCAUCCUUUUACCCCAACCCAAACUCAAUCCGCCACGCCCACCCCUUCCCGAAGUUUAGGCUGUGAACUCCAACAACAACAACAAACCGUUCAGGAAGUAAUGAACUACAGAUGGUAAAUGUGCAAUAAUGGACGUUGCUUCUGCAGUGGAUGUUUGGCGCACCCCCCCCCCCCUCCCCUUUACAAAGGGAAACGCUCUAGGUCAUCUGAAACCCUUACAGUCCCAGAGAUUCCUAUAGACCGUACCAAUGGUCAUAUCUCACAGGGGAGUUGGAUCUUACUAAUGGUCAUAUCUCACAGGGGAGUUGGCCGAGAUGCCACAGAUACCACACUGCCACAGCAAGCCAGCCUAACACUUGGGCAAUCCAACCUGCCACUAACUUACCCUUCCCGCACUACCACCCACCACCCACCACCACGUUUACCCCCCUUCCUCACUUCCUUGGGGUUGAACCGAUGUUGUUUAUCGCAUAUCUCUGCUUCAUCAAGUGUUCUUCCCCCCCCCCCCCCCCCUUCCCCGAGCCCUUAAGUCAAAUGCCUAGCUGUUUGGGGAUUUCCGUGUUAUGUCUUAAAAACAAACAACGCUCUCACUUGAGCUUGUUUUGUGUCGCUACUUGAAUUAUUAUGAUUACUUUUUUUUUUUGACUGGAGGGAAACGCAAGAUGCUAAAUCGGUCAAUUGUAGUGCAUCGAGAUGAAGUCAUUCCUACCCAUUAACCGUUUGCAUUGAUCCAUCUCUAUGCCUGAAAGAUCGAUCAAUAGCGAUUAGACAUUGUGAUAUCGCCGGAGGAGUUGUCUCUAGUUUGAACGACUGUAAUGAUUACUAACAGGUCUAAUGCAGAGUAGAGUGUGAAGAAGCCUUUGCUCUAUUGAGUGCGUUACAAAUAAAAUGAAUUAUUAUUAUUAUUAUUAUUAUUAUUAUUAUUAUUAAUAAAGAGCUUCUCAGAGAUGUUGCAUUGGCUUCCCAUAGCGAGCAGCCCGGGGGUGUAACAACACCAAUUGGGUAGUCCACAACCCCCAGACUACCUUUAGUAACACUAUCAUUCACUAAACGUCAUUUACACUCCACUAAAGCAAAGCUAAACAGUCGGAAUCAUUGGGCACGACUUUUUUUAAAGCAUGGAGUUGCAGAGGGACCACGUCCAAGUGCAGUGUCUACAUCUCUGACAUUAUCUGAGUAUCUUUGUGACAUCUAUGACUGGCGAGACUGGAAUUUAUUUAAGGUUUUAAUUAACAUUUUGGAUUUUGAGUAUCCAUCCUUACUUUCAUAUCGCUAUUGUUUACUAUGCCCUAUGCUUUUUAUUUAUUUAAUUUAAGUACGAAAAUGUUUUAUAUUUCAAUUUCUUUGUGCCAUGUCAUUUGGUUGAGAUUGAUGUGCAGAUGCAACACAACCCAUCCUUAAAACUCUCCCAACCAUUUUGGACUGAUGACUAGCUGGCCUGUGGUUCUUGUUUGAACACUAGUAUGUGAACAGUACCUAACGUCCUGUACAACCAAGUAAAUCAAACAGAAGAAUGAAAAUAAAAAUAUUAAAAAUAAAAAGGCACAUGACAGAC